AAAUGUCAAAAACACAUAGUAAAUUAUAUGUAAGAGGACGGCAUCUUUCAUAUCAGCGUGGAAAGAGGAAUUCUAAUCCAAAUGUUUCAAUUAUUAAAAUCGAAGGUGUAAACAGCAAAGGGGAAACACAGUUUUACCUUGGUAAACGGGUUGCAUAUGUAUAUAGAGCAAAAAAAGAGGUGAAAGGAACAAGAAUCCGUGUUAUUUGGGGAAAAAUUACCCGUCCACAUGGAAAUUCAGGCUGUGUUAGAGCCAGAUUUCGUCACAAUCUUCCUCCCUGCACAUUUGGUGCUUCUCUUCGAAUAGUAGGUUAUAUCUUCAUUUUCAUUAUUCUUUAACUCUCAAUAGAUGCUUUAUCCAUCGAAUAUUUAAUAUUUAAGAGUGAUAUCAAAACUUCCUUUAUUAUAUAUUCAUGUUCAAUUUAUUAUUUUUUAAAAUCCAAUUGUUUA